AUGGUUAAUGUUCCUUCUAAUAGUCAUUGUUGCAAAUCUGAUCAAGAUCAUACAUAUUGUAGCAUGAAGAAUGAUUGCGGUGUACCGCUUACCCACCGACUUGCACAAUUUCGCAAUGAAAACAUCGGUUGCGACGUUGAAUUUCUCGUUGGGACAGAACAAAAAGCAAUUAAAGCUCACAAACUUAUUCUUAGUUCUGGUUCAGAAGUAUUUGCUACGAUGUUCUACGAAAAGCAAGAGGAUAAUCAAACGACGGUUGUAGUUCCGGAUAUCACCCCUCGCACUUUUACAACUCUUAUUGAUUUCCUCUAUUCGGAUUUGAAUAUAGGAACAGUUAAUUUGGACGACGAUGAUGUGAUGCAAACGCUCUACGCGGCAAAGAAAUAUGAUGUGAAAGAACUUGUUUUGUCUUGCAUUCGAUAUUUAACGACUUGCUUGACUGCUUCGAAUGCACUUUUUUUGCUUUCACAAGCACGUUUCUUCGACGAACCGUUUCUGAUAGAGCGUUGUUUGCAGGUGAUUGAUGCAAACACUGAUGAGGCUCUGAAAUCUUCAGGACUUCGAGAUAUUGAUCGCGAUACGCUUGUAACAGUACUGAAGAGAGAUGAACUGGAUCCGAGCAGUGAACUUGUUAUUUUUAAAGCUGCACUGUCUUGGAGUAAAGCGGAAUGUCAACGACGAAAAGUCGAGGUGAAUCCUUCGAAUCAACGCCAAGUUCUUGGUCCAGUACUUUCACUUAUACGAUUUCCGUUGAUGACAGUUCAUGAAUUUGGUGAAGCAGUCAAAGAUCUGGGAGCGAAAGCCUCCUCCAACCCUCAUUUUACCGCUAAAACAGAUUAUCCUAGCGUCUUCAUCGCUAUUAAACUGUGA